AUGACGCUCGCUUCCCUCCCGUUCGUGUACGGCUACCUCACGGGCGGCAUCGAGCGCAUGUGGUACCUGGGCAACAACGGGUGGACGAGGCAUCUCGCGGACGUCGUGGUCGCCUUCUUCGGCACAUACCUGUUCUUGGCUACACAUCUCCAUUCGCCACCGGAGAAGUACACGCUAACGCCCAGCCGACCUCACGAUCGGAUACGUCGCGUACCGGAAACAGGUCGGGCUGCUGACGGGCUGGAUCCACCACAUCGUCUACAUUGGCGUGAUGGCGCACUGCGCGACGUCGAUGCAGUCCUGCGUCUUCCUGACUGCGAGCAUCAUGGAGCUGCCAACGUUCGAUCUGGCCAUCUCCAGUCUCUUCCCGGCGGUGCGCAGCGACGAGCGCUUCCUCACCCUAAUGCUGAUCACGCGCAUCAUUUUCAACAGCGUGCUGCUGGUGGAUGCGCUGCGCCCCUCCUCGCGGAAGAUCAUGGAGGGCUCGCGAGGGCCGUGGCCAAGGCUGCGGCUGCGGAGGCGAAGGCGGCAGCGGAGGAGAAGGAGGCGAAGGAAGCGAAGCGGCCCCCGCACCUCGAGCUGGGCGGGAGCACGCCCGAGGACUCGCCCCUCGUCACGCCGUACGCCGCACCAGCCGACGCAUUCAUCAUCCCCGGCGUCGGGCCCUUGCCGGCCAUCCCCACCCUGUCCAGCCUCACAGAAGCCCUGCCCCAGGCCAAGGCGAAUCUCUCGGCGCUGCACUCGGAAUUCAGCGCCGCCGUCCACGCGCGCCUCGAGGAGCAGCGCGAACGCCUCGCCAUGCACGGGUUCCUCCGCCGGAGAGCAGUAUAUGCCGAGGAUAAUGACGACGAGAUGAGCGAUUGA